AUGACAGUAAACAUAAUACGACAUAUUCAAUACUUUAACAAGAUUGGAAAUUGUAUUUUAAAGACCAAAAGAUUCUAUUCGGUCAAUUCGAUUACGCAACCUACAAUCUAUGCUUUAUCCACAAAAUUUGGAACAUCUGCCAUAGGCGUAGUUAGGGUGUCAGGACCACAAUCUACUUAUGUAUUCGAUAAACUCACGAAAUCCAAAAGAAUUCCAGAUCCUCGUAAGGCUACCGUGAAGAAAUUAUAUUCGCCAACUAGUGGUAUUCUUCUCGAUGAAGCUUUAACCAUAUUUUUUGAGCUGCCAAAUUCAUAUACUGGAGAAAACCUUCUUGAGUUUCACCUUCAUGGAGGAGUAGCUAUAAUAAGAUCUGUUAUAAAGGCAAUUAAAGACUUGCAUGAACCGUCAAAAGGAAUAUAUCUUAGAUAUGCGGAGCAUGGAGAGUUUUCUAGAAGGGCAUUUAUUAAUGGCAAGUUUGAUUUAACGGAAAUUGAAGGCAUAAGAGACGUCAUAAACGCUGAAACAGAGUCACAAAGGAUUGCAGCCUUGGUAUCAUCAACCGGAGGCACUAAGCAAUUAUUUCACAAAUGGAGGGAACAGAUAGUCCAAAAUAUUGCCUUAAUGACAACUGUAAUUGACUUUGGGGAAGACCAUGAUAUUGAAGAAGUUGAUGCAUUGUUUGAAAUGGUGAGUUGUAAUAUAACUAAAUUAUCCGAAGAAAUGAAGGCCUAUUUAAGAAAGGUUCAAGGUUCUGAGAUUUUGCUAAAAGGUAUAAAACUAACAUUGGUAGGACCUCCUAACGCUGGGAAAUCUUCCUUGUUGAAUUUCCUUGCCAACAAAGAUGCAGCAAUUGUAAGUGAAAUAGCUGGUACUACCAGAGAUAUCAUUGACAUUCCUUUGGAUAUUAAUGGUUAUAAGGUUGUUGUUGGAGAUACAGCUGGGAUAAGAUCACUAUCGACAGCGAACCCUAUUGAGGAAGAAGGUAUAAAAAGAGCAAAGAAUAAAUCAUUGCUCGGAGAUUUUGUGCUCUUAGUUUUACCUGUGGACCAGUUCGAUGAAAUAGGCGAUCUUGUUGACCACAUUGACUUACUUAAGAAAGAAAAUAAGAAGUUUUUAGUGGUUUUGAAUAAAGAAGAUCUUUUAAAUGGGCCCAAUCAACGAGAAACUAUACUCAAGAAGUAUAGCUCAAUUCUCGAUCUACCGAAGAGCAAGUUCUUUUUCGUUUCUAGUAUUACAGGUCGUGGUAUACCUGGAUUAACAGAAGCAAUAACUACCGAAUUCAAAUCACUUGCAUUGAGUUCUGAAUCAGAUCCUAUAGUUGUUUCAAAUCGAAUUCAGGACUUGAUAGAAAAUGACAUCCUUCAUGGGUUUAAUCAGUUUUUUAUUUGGAAGAAAGAAGAUGACAUAGUCUUAGCAUCUGAGUGCUUAAAACAGUCUAUAGAAGGUAUCGGUAAGAUAACUGGAGAAGGUGUUGGUGUUGAAGAAAUUUUGGGUGUAGUCUUUUCCAGUUUUUGUAUAGGGAAGUAA